AGUGUGUAAUUGUUAGGUAUACUCCCGCCCAUCAGCCAAUCAAAUGACAAUGCCAAUCGGGUCACCAAAGGUCAAUGGAAUGUACUCAUGCGAUGAGAAUAGGUUUGUCUGAACAGUUAUAAUACGUUAAAGAAACGCACAUGGCAAACUGGCAGAGUUAUCGGUGUGGGGGUAACGGAACAUCGGAGACACAGUCAUUUUAACAAAUUCCAAUCAUUUCAACGACGGCCACAGACAACAGGCAUGCCUUAUUACCAAUCAUGUAGGAGAAUUAUCGAUACGGAUUAAUUACGAAGCUUUCCGGAUUUAAUAUAAACAGAUAUUGAUUAGCGUCUGGGUUGUAUCACAUAUACAGUUACUGGUUACGCUUGUCUGCUUUUACAUUACGCUCUGGUGUAAGCACUGUAACCUGUAAACUAGUGUACGAGACUAAUGCUUGUGUUUCCCCGUGCUUCAUAACUUCCUUUGCGAGGUCGCCUCCGAGUCGGUGAAUGACGAUGUGCCUCUGUGUGACAGUGUUAUUUUUACUGUGUUAGUGGUACGUAUUGGAAAGUAUAUAUACCAUGGAGAUGGAUUAUCAUCAAAAUCCAUAUAAAUGUAGACUAAAUAUUUCUGUGCCACCUGGAAAGGAAGGACGAUUUAAGAAAAUUGUCUCGCCAUUGAUGAAAUGGAUCGAUCCAUCUUUCCAAAUGUUACAAAUUGCAAAUGACAAUGCAGCUGAAUGGAAGAUUCGGACUAACAAAAAUCAAACGCGUCCGUCACAUUGCGAGGAAAAUAUUGUAAUGGUCCCUUCUAUUAGCAUUAUGCUAUUCCUAUAUGAGCACGGUUCAAUGUCGGCAGCGGACGUGCAAAAAUGUCUGAAGACAAAACCUUGGAAGUUUCACCACAAAGUGGAGUUACACAGCAAAUGGACACCGGACAGGGCCGUGGCCGCCCAGGAGUUUUACGGGCUGGCAGACGACAUGCCUUUAUGGUCAGUUUGUCCAGUACAUUGUGGAAAUGAACAUUUUCGUGUUUUAUAUCACGUUCAAAAUUUCCAGAAGAUGAUGGAAUUCUACAGAUGUGUAACCGAUAUGGAAAUAGAAAGCAGCAAACCAGGAUUCUGUAUAUUUCAGUUGUAUUCACAACCUGGGUUGGACAUUCAGCUUGCCUUAAAACAGUCAAAAAACAUUCGACCCUACCCCGUGCAUAACGCUUGCCUUACGUUCCAGAUAAAACACAUUGAUUCUCUGAGGGCAUUUCUGGACUGUGAAGUUACGGAGAUCAGUGACCGAACUUUCCUGGUACAGGAUCCUGAUGGGAAUUAUGUGAUGCUACAGGAGGAGUUAAGCAGUGGUGUUACAACAGAGUACGAAUCUCUGGAUAUAUUUCAAACGCGAGAUUCGCACUCAGGAUCUAAGUUCGAUUCCAAUGGAUAUUCGAAAAGCCUGCGGAGUUCCUCGGACAGUCAGGAUUCGGGAAGGUGUUCUGAUAGUGAUAUUUGGUCCAGUGAAGUGGAACAGAUCAAAAGCAACAACCAAAACGGUAAAAAAAAUUCACUUAAUCAAGGUAAUAGGUACUCCGCGCCAGGACAGUGCGGCGGCGACGUCAUAGGAUGUUACCCGGGGUAUGUAGUACCCGACAACUAUCGCCAGUGGGAGAGGCAAAGUCAAUUAACUUUCGACACAGUCCAGAGACAUAAUACUGAGUCGGUGCGAGGAGUGGAGGCCCCAGUUUUCAUAUGAAACUGAACAACCGCAUCUGUCAAUGGCAGAGCCCCCCUGACGGGUACAAAGAUUACUGGUAAAAACAUAGACGUUUCCUUAUAUAUUUGAGCUUUUCAUAGUUGAUGUCUUUUACGGGGAUUUUCUAUGGAGAUGUUUUUGGAUUAUACUUCGAUGUGUCAAGGGUAUUUAUCAAGAUAGGUAAAUUUUCGUUCACAAGGAUAUAUAACACCUCAUUUCCCUCAGCGUUAUGACAAGCUAUCUGUGACAUUUACAUCUUUAUCGAGACCAGUAAAGCAAUCCCUGUUAAAGAUGUAAGGCGAAAUAUGAGCAACUGCCGUUUAUUGUCACUCUUUAUUAUUCUUAAAACUGAUGUUAGCAUUUAAAACCUUAUUUAAAACCUAAAUUAAAAUUCCAUAAAAAUAUCCCCGUAUCAUGUUUACAUAGAGGAUAUUUUCACACAAACUGAAAUGGGUACGGGAACUAAAGUCGACUUUCUCGCUACAGGAUAUGUCUGUUGAUAUGAAUAUCACACUGUGUCCUUGUCAUCUCUCAUUCUUCCUACUGAACAGAAUAAACAAUGACUAGACUCCAGAUUGUUUUCCGUCCCAAUAUGGGGUCUAGGCCGAGGACAUGUUUGUCUGUGUGUUAUGCUCCCUGUAGAGUGCGUGAAAAGUACAAAGAUUUGUUUGGAACUCCUCCCUAAUCAUAGAGUAGCGAGAGUGAGAAUGAUGGCUGCUUGGGAAAGGCUUAAAUUGAAUAGUGUGCAAUAUAUCAAAACCAAUUGUAAAUGUAUACCUUAGCUGAUAGCUAAAAGGAAGCAGAAAGGGUAUACAAAGACGUGUGUAUCAACUGCUGCGGUUUGUUAGGCACAUGAGAACCGACAUUUUGCACUUGUGUACAUUUAGAUUAUUCUAUUGAUAAUCUGUAUGAUAAGUACAUCGUCCUCUCAGGCGUUCAUCCAGUGAGACGUGUAAAUAGGUUCAAAACACUUUCCCGUUUAAAACAGACUUCACUGACGCACUACCGUUAAUUGGGAAAUAAUAAUCCCGGGUACAGUGUGUGUUUAAUGCUAACCUGCGAUCGCGGUGCAUGGUAGCGCUGAGUAUCGCCUUAACCAAGUAGAAAGCCGACUGUAUACCAUGUCCAUUCAUUGCUACACACGCUCUUUAUAAAAUAAGAAAAAGUGUUUACUAAUACACCCUAUUUAUUGAUUAGAGUACAGAUAAAUACUAAUGGAUUUGCAGGCAUUACUUGGUAAGGGUUUUUAACGUGUUUUGAGCCAAAAAAAUCGGUCUCAACUACUCUACGCCGGGGAAAAAAUGAAUAACAAAUACCGCACACAAAAUCAACUAUUUUUAUGAAGAGAAUAAUUUAGAUUGAAAAUUGACCUGUGGUAACCCAACAUUCCUGGUAAAUAAAGUGAUAUAUGGUACACAGGUAAUGCAGUAGUGGGUUGAACAUACACGUAGGUUAGAACCCCACCGGCAUAUUUGCUGUACUGAAAUAUACCAGAUAGUCAUAAAGUGUGUAACACGUGAAUGUUCUACAGGGUUGUUGUGAGAGUCGAUAAUGUUUACUAGUCAUCUCCCCAAUAAACAUAUCUUUAGCCAUCAUACAACCGGGACAUCAUUACAAGAUAUAAGUCGGCAGCUAUUACGUCAUUAUAACUACAAAUAUUUAUCUUUAAUUGUCUGGAAUGCUGUACCGUGUAACUAUUAUUAAUUGAUAUAACACAAAACUUACCUUCAUUACCAUGUUGUUAAGGAUUGUUAUUGUUCCAGAUACAUUUUUAUUUCAGAAUAGUAUCUGCAAUUCUGUGAAACAAUGUAGGGGCCAUGGCUUUGAUGUGUCGCUAUACUUAUUUACUGAUGAGAUUAGUAUUAAUGUAGAAAUUAUAACAUGUGUAUUGUUUUAAUGUGCCAAACCUAGUUAAGGAAUUUGAUA